AUAUUUACUCAACAAACACAGCGGAGCAGUGAUGAGAGAAGAUAUAUCGGUUGUUGUCUGUCAGUCUAACGAAAGAUAAAGCUUUGACACUGGUUCUGUUGUAAACGCUGCGCUGGGAUCCCAAUAACCUCAAGUCAAAUAAAUAUCGACGUGAUUGCUGCAUGUACUCUAAGUGAGGUUUGGGAUUUCGCGACGACAAAAGCCGAAUUGUCCUAUGUCUAAUGUGCUAACCGUUAGCUGACGGGCUAGUUAGCGUAGCCAUCGAGGCAAUGGCGUUGAAAAGAAUACAGAAGGAACUUUCAGACCUGCAGAGGGACCCUCCUGCCCAGUGUUCUGCUGGACCAGUUGGGGAUGAUUUGUUUCAUUGGCAGGCCACAAUAAUGGGUCCGAGUGACAGCCCCUAUCAAGGUGGAGUGUUUUUUCUUACUAUUCACUUCCCAACAGAUUAUCCAUUUAAACCACCUAAAAUUGCAUUCACGACAAAGAUUUACCACCCUAAUAUCAACAGCAAUGGAAGUAUUUGUCUGGAUAUACUGAGAUCACAAUGGUCCCCUGCCCUAACAGUAUCGAAAGGUAACGUGAAGCAAAUAAUCUCUAUCACGCCUAUAUUUGAAAUCUCUAAUCUUUAAUGAUCCCCCCC